ACAUCUUACUUCAUUGCGCUAACUUCACCUGCAAGAAGUUCAAAAAUAUUUAAAAUUAAGUGUGUUGUAGUCUUAGUAAAUAUUUUAAAAAUAAUGAAAUUUUGUAUUCGAACAGUGGGGAAACGUUAUCCUCGUAUAGGGGUAUUAAAAAAUAUUGAAAAUAUACCAGAAGUAGAGAUAGAAACUCCUAUGGUGCUUUUACACACACAAGGAGGACAUAUUCCCCAUGUUACUCAUGAAGUAUUUAAAUUAGUGAGUACUGAACCACAAAUUUUACAGAUACCAUUAGUAAGCAUACAUUGUUUUCAAGAAACGUUUGAAUAUUAUGACGGAAGUAUUUCAGAGUUUAUAGGAAGUAAGGACAGUUUGACAUGCUUUACUUUACAAGAUCCAAGUAAUUUAACCAUACAGGGCCAUCAUAUUAAAGAUAAAGUGCCUAUAUGGACAAAACAUGGUAAAGUACUAUACAAUUCUGAAAUGUAUAUGAACAUGAUAGAAGAAUUUAAACCAGAUAUGUAUUACCUUCUAUCUGAUGGGGAUACAAAUACUACCAGUUCACAGAAACGUAUAAGUAAAUCUGUAGAAAAUACCAUAAAAUUUAGUAAGGAAUGUUUAGAAAGACAUAAGAAAUCCGAUGUUUUAAAAGAUAAAUUUGUUAUGGGUGCUAUAACUGGAGGAUAUUGCUUAAAGGCCAGAGAAAAAUGUAUAAAAGCUCUUUUAGAAGAAAAAGACGUACUAAAAGGUUUUUUGAUUGAUGGAUUGCAUAAUAAUGGACCAGAGGUUGAAUUCAUGCCAUUUGACGAAAUUAAAGGAGUGGUAGAAUUUGUUAUUGACCAACUACCUGAAGAAAAACUACGCUCUGUGCAAGGCUGUUGGAAUCCACCAAAUAUUAUAAAACUUGUACGUUUAGGUGUAGAUGUAUUUGAUACUUCAUACUGUCGUAUAUUGACAGAAAGAUCCUCAACUUUGACUUUUAACAUAGAACCUAAUGAGAAUAAUGAAAAUUAUGAAAUUAAUUUAAGGGACACAAAAUAUGCAGAAGAUUUUAAUCCGAUUUUAGAGUCAUGUGAAUGUUUAGCAUGUAGAAGAUAUUCCAAAGCCUACAUUCAUCAUUUACUGACAGUUCAAGAAUUAUUGGCACCAGUCUUAAUAAUGAUACAUAAUAUUCAUCAUUAUUUACGAUUUUUCAAGAAAAUUAGGGAAUGUAUAGCUAACGAUACAUUAGCAAAACUGGAAAACCAAAUUUCAGAAGAGUAUAAGGAUCAUCAAGCAAAAAUUCUAACAAAGAGCAACAAGGAAUCAAGAAAUGAAAUAUUUACCAGUGUCGAGGGAUAGCAAUUUUAAAAUUAAAUAUACUUUUUUAUAUUUC